AGAGGUAGAGGGGUCCGAGGAAGAGGAGUCCGAGUGCGAGGUGGAGGUAUAGUUGGAAGGGGUCAGGUUUCUGAUGACAUUCGGGCAACUGUUAUUGAUCACAUUAUCUAUCAUGGCCUUUCACUUAGAGAGGCUGGACAAAGAGUCCAACCUGUUCUGAACAGAAGCACUGUCGCAUCCAUUGUCAGAAUUUUUCGACAGGAAAACAGGUAAUGUUGCUGUACAGUAUAUACAGAAAUUUCUUCAGUGACAUACUUUAUGUAAUUGUUCCAUCAUUCCCAUUACAUGUAUUCUUUAUAGAAUCCAAAGGCUGCCAUUCUCUGGUGGUAGAGGGAGAAUGUUUACGUAGUGCUGAGCAGUAGACAGCCAUUGUGAACAUGGUUGUGGCAAACAACCAUAAGGCUGCGUGAAAUCAGGACAGCAGUGAUUGAAGAUCAGGGCAUGUUUAGGAACAUCAACAAUGUGAGUGUGCCCACCAUUGACCGCAUCCUAAGAAAGAACCAUAUGGCAAUGAAGCAGCUGUAUACAGUUCCAUUUCAAAGGAACUCUGACGUUGUGAAGGAGGCCAGAUGCCAAUAUGUGGAGAGAAAAAUGGAGCUUGAAGCUGAGGGGGCACAUGUCUUCAUUUAUGUUGAUGAAGCCGGCUUCAAUCUCUGCAAAGUGAGACGACGUGGAAGGAACCUCAUUGGGCACAGGGCCACUAUAGCAGUUCCAGGACAGAGGGGCACCAACAUAACCAUGUGUGCUGCCAUCUCCAAUGAUGGUGUCCUAUGCAAUAUCCCCACUAUUGGCCCAUACAACACAGAGCGCCUCAUAACAUUACUGGAUGCACUUCAUGACAGGCUGAUCCCACCUGAGGAGAGAGGGCUGUUGAGGCCUGGCAUGCCACUCUUCGUCGUCAUCACCUGGGACAAUGUGGCGUUCCACCACUCUCGCCUUGUCAAUGAGUGGUUUGCAGUACACCCUCGGAUGAUGAUGCAGUUCCUUCCAGCAUAUACCCCAUUUUUUAAUCCCAUAGAGGAGUUCUUCAGUGCUUGGAGGUGGAAGGUGCUGCCCCAGAAAUAG